AUGGAGGUGGCUGAGAGCAGAGAACAGGCCUCCGUUGGUCAUCCAACGGGGGCAGAGUCCACAAUUUCCAACGGGGGCAACCCGUUUCUGGAUGACCCGCUCAUGGAUGAUGAUGGGCGGUCAAGUAGCUUGAGUGAGAUUGACGACGUCUCGGACAAUGAGCCGUCAGAUUUCGAAGACCCCAUCAAAUCAGACAAACCUAUGGAGAACGACUCGGAAGCCGAGACCGAACGAAUCGAAGAUUCUCCGCACAAUGUUCGAAAACGAGACAUCGUUUUGAGUGCUGGCAGUGCCGGUCCGAGUCCGAGCAAGCUUCACCAAUCUACAACACUUGACGAUGUUGAUGACGACACGCUCAUGGCCGACGAUUCGCCUAGCAAACGUCGGUCAUCGAAACACAAUGGAUUAACGGACGAUAUACCAGACCUCGGCGAUUCCGAACUUCCAGACAGCAUCGGCAAAAAACGUAAGCGCGUUGAGCUCGGUGAUGAAACCACCGCCGAGCUGGGCGAUGAAGAGGAGCCCAUCAAAAAGCGCCGGAACUCGAUCAAGAGUGACCUGAGCGACCCGAUUGACGACGAUACCCCACUCUCCCCGGAGCCACUUGAUGACACCAUGGCGAUCAACGACGAUGACACACCAGCUGGCGACGCGCCAGAGUUGGAUCUCCCAUCCGCCCCACCUUUGAAGGGUAAAAAGAGCAAAAAAAGUAAGCGGAAGGGAAUAAUGGACCAAUAUGCCGGCGAUGAGCCAGACGUCGGUGUCAAGGCCUCAAUAGAAGACGCUGCUGAUGAGAUUCCUGGAGAAGACGAGGAGCCUGCGGAACGAGAUGAGCCCCAUGAUGCCGAGACGGCUGUUCGAGCUGAGGAAGAGUCUGUGAAAAAGAUGUCUGCUAUGGACUCCUUGGCGACUCUAGAGAAAGAGUUCGCAGCUUUACGUGACAAGAUUUAUGAUGAAAAGAUAUCAAAACUAAACCGAGAGUUGGAGAUGCUUACUGGGCCGAAUCCGACACACCCCGAGUACCUGCGGCAGAUCGAAUGUGUGCAACGUCACCGCGAUGCCAAGAUCAAAUACGAGGAAAACCUGUAUCGAUACCGCAUGAAGUCCCUCAUGAACAAGGUCCUGGCCGAGCGAGCUCAGGCACACAGCACAUACUUCCAGCGGGUACGCGAUGUGCGUGAGCGACAUUCGUCUGCGAUCAGCAAGCAGUUCUACGCAAUUCAGCAUGAUCGGUUCAAAACGGAUGAACUUAGCCCGCACCACAUCAUUGCUUUCCCCACGCGUCGCUCGCAGCAGAUCGCCCAUCAGGCCUCAUAUAACCAUGAGGUUUCGAUCAUGUCUGGUGUCGCCAAAUAUGUUGGAUUCCCUGCUGCUCCGACUUUACUUGGCGCCCGCCCCAGUGAACUUGACGAUGAUCUCGAAAAGAUGGGUAUCCCAGUAGAGUCGCGAGCCUCAGCCCCCCGGCAUUCAUCGGCCAUGGCUCCCCGGCCGAUCAUGUCUACUAUGCCUUCUCAUAACUUCCGCAACGCCGCGGAGGAAGCGUUCUUGGAACAAACUCCCUGGGCAAAUCCACAACACCCUAUCCAUCACCAACAGCCACAUAACCACCAACAGCAACAUCUCCCACAGCACCGGCCGCAAGCGCGUCCGUUCGAGCAGCCCCAACCAUCAUCAUAUACCACCCCGGCUGCCCAGAAGCGGGUUGUGGAUGUGAAUGCGCCGAACGGAUCUGCAUCAACGAUUCCGGAGAACGCAUCUGCCGCCAACUCAUCGGCUAACAAUACCCCCUAUGGCCUGGAGCAAGACCCUCGGCACCACCCUCAGGGAUCCUUCCGCAACCCAGAUUAUGAUGUGGACCAUCGCAAAUCCGGGUUCCGAUCCCUCAGCUCAUCGCCUCUAGAUGUACGGAAAUCCCAACCGCAUCUCACACAUGCCCUCGGACACCGUUCUCCGGCCACCGACGCCCCCUCCCACGCCCAUCUCUUCUCUCCGCCUCCUGCCCGACAAGGCUUGUUCCGACCUUCCUCGGCUCUCCAACGGGAGCCUUCGCCAUCACUUUCAUCUAAACCAACUGACUCGUUACAUUAUCGCCCCCAUCAAUCCGGCAUAUCGACAGGAUCUGGUUCAAAUCACAUGUCAACGCGAUAA